CGACACCGCGCCUCCGUUCUCUGUGAUACUCGAUUUAUUAAAGUGAAGAAAAGGGGCGGAGCUAGAAUCAGAGCUCGCGCAGUGGGCGGUACAUGAUAUCACGUGUGAGAUAAAGACUGCGUGUUAAACAAGGCCUGAUACAGCGGCUCCAUGAUCUUUGGUCGUUAGCGAUUGGUUUAAAACACUUGCUAAUAAAUCCACAAAUGAUGGAAUUGUAAUGAGAAGCAACGAGGAACAAGUGAAUUUUGUUGUUUGUUGAGCGAUUUCUUGUAGUAAACUGUGUGUAUUUAGCGAAGUGGUGUUUCCCAUGUUUUAGUUCAACUAUAAGAUCGAGGUGUGUGAUGUGUGUAUUAACUUUUACAGCUAGUUCCUAACGGUGUUUACUAUUGUGAUGCUUAUCUAUUGUUGAUAAUAAUAUACUAUACCUUAUAUACCUAUAUGUAUAUAUACCUCUAACCAGUGGACUAAUACUAUUCCCUCUAAGAACAUUGAUCGUUCUCUCCGGACAUUGGACACUACCAGGACAUGUCCACUACGGCUUUUACAGCAUAUAGCCUAGCCUCUUCUACUCCUACGUCUCUGCCAACAGCACCAAUGACGUCGGCGCCAUCAGCAACCCCCGGUGGUCGAGCAUGUUGUGAAAACGGACGUCCCAUAUUAACCGAUCCGCACACAGGGCAGACGAUAUGUUCCUGUCAGUAUGGUGCCGCCCUUUUAAAUUACCCCAGAGUUCCUGGUCUUGCUGAAAGUGUGUACAGUGCUUCUGCGGCUUAUGCUGCAGCGGCAUCUCAAGGUUACGUUUCCCUCGGCGCAGAAGGAUCUGCGUUUUAUUCUCCUUUGGCUGGUGGGCCGUAUGAGUUGAAGGACAGUCCCGAAGCUUGGAGGGCGCUUACUCAACCAGGGUUUCCCUAUGACCCUACAAUGAUUUAUCCAUACGGCGCUGGGUAUGGCGGUCUUGAUUUAAAUUCUAGACGUAAAAAUGCCACCCGAGAAAACACAACUACAUUAAAAGCCUGGCUUUAUGAACACAGAAAAAAUCCUUAUCCUACGAAAGGGGAGAAAAUAAUGUUAGCCAUCAUCACAAAAAUGACCUUAACCCAAGUUUCUACCUGGUUCGCCAACGCUAGAAGACGAUUGAAGAAAGAAAAUAAGAUGACCUGGUCACCGAGAAACAGAUCGGAGGACGGAAGUGAUGGAUUGGAUAACGGGGACGUAGAUUCCGACGGCGGAAAGGAGGAAGGAAAAGACGGACGGUCAACUCCAGGUCUUGGAGAUUUGGGUUCCGGUAGAUCAACACCAACUGGAGGUGAUGAUUUAGAUAUGUUAGAUAGUAAAGAUGCUUUUAUUAAUGUUGAUGAUGAAGAUAGUGAUGAUCACAGUCUACACGAUGAUAGUUUAGAUCCAGAUGAUGAAGUGUUACGUAGAAUGAAAGCUGGCAUUGAAAAAGCUGACUCAGACAAAGUGUGUGACUCAACGGAAAGUGUGUCCGAAAAUAGUUCUAAAAAUAAAAGCGAAAGUAGUGACUCAAGUGUACGUAAUGAAGGACAUGCUACGGGUACAUCGUCCUCGUCUCAGUCAAAUAGAGACACCGAACAAUCAUCUCGUCCUAAAAUCUGGUCCAUAUCUGAAUUUUUACACAAAACCUCAUCUUCAAGCAGUUCAUCAUCCUCAAGACCGGCUGCUAUAUCCACACAUGCGCGACCUCCUCAUACUUCCGGUUUAUUUUACCUGCCAGGAAAUCCCAGUGCAUGGAGUAGUGGGCGUUAUCAUGGGGUUCAUCCUUACCCCAUGUCUCUCAGCCACUCAACCAUCUCCUAUCCUUACAGUAUCACAUCUCAUGCGGCGGGUAAAUCACCGCUUACAUCUCCAGCCAAUAUUCGGGCAUUAGACUCUUUCAAAGAUGGCGAGAAAUUAAUGCGCCCAAAUGUACUAUUUUCACCUGCACGAGAUUUGGAUGGAUUACGACCCAGUGCUGUUCCGGCAAAUCGACUAGUAGAAUCUAAUAUUUAGAAUUAUCUGCCCCUGUCUCCUGUUUGUUUUGAUGUUUUAAUUAUUUAUAGAUUGGUUCAGUAUUAGUUAUGGAAUAAAAUUACAAGACCGGAUCAAAACACACGUUAACAAAGACUUGUGAGUUAGAACGGUAGACGGCGAUCUUCUUGUAGAAAAAUCAACAAAGAUUGAUGUCUAAUCACCGUUUGUCGACAAGUUGAAAAACAAAACAACAAGUGAAGGCGACAGAAGUGAGCCGUAAGGUGGACACAAAUCGUGAAGGAAUACAAAUGUUCAACUCUACCUGCUUCUUCGAGAUUCUUAGACACGAAAACCCACUCAGUGUGUGCUCCUCGGUCACGAUGGCGUCAUGACAGACUGUGGAAUUUGCAUAAUUCAACGUUUUAGCUUAAUGGUGGCCAUUAGAGGUAUUGUUUUAUCACGCACGCGAACACCUCGCGCUAAUGUAGACUUAAAGAAUUAAGAGAGAAAAGAAGCGCGUGCAGUUAGCGUCUUCAUCAUGGGGUGUGACAAACCAGACAUUUUUUCUUACCUCCAGUGCUAAAGAUUUAAAUUUUUAAAGUGACACGCCAUAUUAGUGAAAUUGUUGAGAAUGUUUUAAGGCAUUAGACAGUGCUUUGGUUGUUCGUGAAACACGAAACUCGCCGACGAUAAUUUGAAUAAAUAAAUAAAUAAAUGAAUGCAUAAAUAAACUGUUUUGAUAACAAUACUGAAUAUAUUGGUGCAAUUACAGAAUUAUUAUUAUUAUUAUAUUAUAUAUCUAAUGUUUGUUUAUUAUUUGUAAAUAUAAAUACGUAUACAAUGUUGUGCUAUAAACAGAGAGAUAUAAUCUGUUAGAACGGACACUUUUUGCCAACCAAAGACUGUUAAUUGGUUUUGACAUAAACAUUUUAAUAUGAAUGUGUUUGUGUGAAAAGCCUCUAAGAGAAAUCCAUUCAUGUUUAAUGUUUUGGAAAUCUUACGAAAAGUAGAAUUAAAAUAUUUAAAAUUCA